AUGGAAAAUGAAGCAACCGCUGCCCUGAUCGUGAUACCCAAGCUUGAGAAGCUAUCGGAUGCUGCAGAAGAAGGAAGGGAAGGGGAAGGGGAAAGGAUCGAAUUGAAGAGCUUGAGAUUAUGUUUAAAGUUUCUAUGCGUGGAGGAUCAAUCCAAGCUCUGGACGUCGUGUCUGUCGUGGUCGGUGUUCUUCCUUCUCACCGUUGUCAACCCGAUCGUCUCCCACUUUCUGCUUUUGUGCGCUGAUUGUGAUCAGGAGCAUCAGCGGCCUUACGACUCCGUGGUGCAGCUGUCUCUGUCUCUUUGUGCUAUCAUUUCUUUCCUCUGCCUGUCUUAUUGGUCUCGCAAGUAUGGGUUCAGGAAGUUUCUGUUUCUGGACAAGUUGGAUGAUGAGAGCCCCCGGAUUCGUCGAGGAUACCAGCAGGAGCUCAAGAGAUCAAUGGGGCUUCUGUGCACAUUUGUGCUGCCCUGUUUUGCGGUUGAGAGUGCAUACAGAAUAUGGUGGUAUGUUACUGGAGCCUUCGAGAUACCCUAUGUGGAGAACAUGUACUUGAGCGACACAAUCAUCUGCAUAUUGCAGCUGGCCUCCUGGGUUUACCGCAUCUCGAUUUUCAUCCUGGUCUGCAUUCUAUACCGGCUCAUUUGCCAUCUCCAGAUACUCAGACUGGAGGAGUUCGCGGACUUCUUUCAGACUGAGAGCGAGGUUGGUUCGAUUUUGAAAGAGCAUCUCAGGAUCAGAAGGAACCUAAGGAUUAUAAGCCAUCGGUUCAGAAGGUUCAUUCUCUCGUCUCUGCUCCUUGUCACCGCUAGUCAGCUGAUGUCAUUGUUCGUCACUACUCGGUCAUCUACUACUAACAACAUCUAUGAGGCUGGAGAACUCACGCUCUGCUCUAUUAAUCUGGUGAUAGGGCUAUUCAUAUGCUUGCGCAGUGCAACGAAGAUCACCCACAGAGCACAGGCCAUUACAAGCCUUGCUGCCAAGUGGCACGUCUGCGCAACUAUCAACUCAUCGUACGAUCCAAACAUCGCGGAUGGCGACACUCCAACUAGCCAUCAGGUAUCUGAUCCCAGCUGUGGUCAUGUGCACCCCAUCAAUAUUGGGUGGGUGUUGGAUGAAGAUGGGGAUGAUAAAGAAGAAGAUGACGAUGAUGAGAACUCCAAUAUCUCCAACAUGGUGCCGAUUUUCGCACAUACAAUCUCUUUUCAAAAGAGACAAGCUCUAGUGACGUAUCUAGAGAACAACAAGGCAGGAAUGACGGUGUUUGGGUUCAUGAUGGAUAGGACGUGGCUUCACACCAUAUUUGGAGUUGAAUUAGCCCUCCUCCUAUGGUUGCUUAAUAAGACAAUAGGUAAUCUAUAG